AGAGACCUUAACAAACCCGCAAGUUCCAUUUGAACUGUCAGAAGCUCAGUCCAAGUUCUUCCUCUUCCUCGCGACAAGACCUCCCCCUCCUCAGCAAAGCGCCUGCUGGCCACAGAUCCCCGUUUCCUUUUCCUUCCUCUUUCCUCCUUUACUUCAUUCUCUGUAUUCUUUAUAAUAUAUCCCAUCCCUCCCCAAACAUGUCUAUCUGGGAUUCGCUCAGUGGUCGCAAACAGGACAAGGGUCCCGGCGCCUUCGAUCCUACCAGCGCGCAAGAUGCCACUUCUUUCCUCUCCGAAAUCGCCAUUCCCGAUCCUACUCAGCUUCAUCCCCUUGCUGGCUUGAACCAAGAUACCCUCGACUACAUCUCCCUCGAAGACUCCGCCCUCGACCAGCUCCCCGGUGACCGUUCGGUGCUGCCCUCCCGCGGAUGGUCGGACGAUCUCUGUUACGGAACCGGAACUACUUAUCUUGCUGGAUUGACAAUCGGAGGUGCAUGGGGUUUGGCUGAGGGCCUCAAGAAGACGCCGGUAUCGGCACCCCCGAAGAUCCGCCUCAACGGUGUCCUGAACUCGAUCACGAGAAGAGGUCCCUUCCUCGGUAACUCCGCCGGUGUGGUGGCCAUGGUAUACAACGGCUUCAACUCAGGUCUGGGAUACGCACGUGGCAAGCACGACGCGGCCAACAGCAUUGUCGCUGGUGCUCUGAGUGGAAUGGUCUUCAAGAGUACCCGGGGCCUGAAGCCCAUGCUGAUCUCCGGCGGCAUCGUCGCGGGUAUCGCGGGAUCUUGGGCUGUGGCGCGCAAGGCAUUCCUGUAGAUGUCUCUAAAUCAGUCGAUUCAGUUGUAUUUUAGCACUCGAACUCGAGACGACGACCUUGAUCCGAUCAUGCGUUCGAGAACCCAUAUGAUGUGUAUGGCCUGUUUCACCAAAGCGGGAGAGGUUGAUUUGUUGCUUCACUUCGACAUGUUCACGUUGUAUUAGAACGGUUUCUUUUCUUAUCUUUUCUUUUUCCUUCGCCCCCAAUUCUCUCGUCUUACAGAUCUCUUCCCUCUGGCGCACAAAGCAUCUUAUUCGCAUUCUCCAUGGUUUUGGACCGGCAUGGAAAUGGAUUUUUGUUUCGUUAACUCUCUGUACAUAUAACGGACUCCUGGGUUUGUGGUUCUUGCGGGCGAAACUGUUGCAGGUUUCAUUUUCGUCAUCUCAAGCAACCUUAAUGUUAGUUCACACAAUAAAAAGCAUGGGAC